UUUUAAUACAAUAAAGUGUAUUUAUUAUUAGAAUCAGUGAUCCUUAUUAAUUACAUCAAUUUCUUAAUGCUACAUCGUACAAAUUAAAAUGCAACGUGAAGAAAAACAAUUAGAAGCAACAUUGCAUGCCAUAUUAAAUCGUGUAAAUGAUCUUAAAACUGCUAUACAAGCACUAAUAUCAAAACUAGAAAAUGAAUAUGAGACUAUUAAUUGGCCGACAUUUCUCGAUAAUUAUGCCAUUUUAUCAGGACAUCUGACUGGUUUGAGCAAAAUUCUUCAGUCUGAAGUCGCUCCAUCAUUGCGGUCUGUAGUGGUUCUCCCAUUACAAUUGGGGUGCGAACGGGAUGAAGCUUUAGCUCGAUUGACCGAAGGCCGUGUCCCUGCUUGCACACAUGACUUAGUACCUGAUUUACUAAGAACUAAACCGGAACCUCAAGCUGAACAACGUCUUCAACAAUUUAAUCACAAAGCCAGCACACUCAGUCAUGAUACUGCACAGAAACAAGUGGCACAGUUCACAAAAGUGAUUAGUCAUGUAUGGGAAAUCAUAUCUAAAGGUCGUGAAGAUUGGGAAGGAGAAUCUAUGAGAUCAGCAGGUAUGCAACCCACUCAUAGUAUAGCUGAUACACAUGCAUUAGUCACUGCAGUGGGAACAGGAAAAGGUCUUCGGCCAGGCAUGCCAUCUAUGGGACCUUCUGGUGUGGGAGCACCUGGCUUAGGACCGUCGCGCGGACCGGCGCCUCAACUCGGACCCUCCGCUGCCGCUAUGCCUAAAGCACCCUCUGCUAUUAAAACAAAUAUAAAAGCAGCAAAUCAAAUUCAUCCAUACCAGCGAUAAUUACUGUGGUAUUUGUACUUACAUGAAAGGGGAAAGAUUAUCGCGUGCGCCUUUGGGGGGAGGUUAAUAGUGUUAUGUGGGACUGUGUAAUUUGAUCACUGUGACACUCUUUUCUGAUUAACUUCCUGCCCUUACGCCGCUACUGAGUAGAAUAGCUUAAUCGAUUUUUAAAGGGUUUCGUCUGUAAUGUUGUAUUUAGUUGGAGUUUUCAAUUCUUUAAAAAUAACUUGUGAAAUGAAAAUAUUAUAACUAAGAAAUAAAACAAACAUA